AUGGCAGUAAAGUGGCGCUUGGCAGCGAAUCAGUGUGGCAGCUGCUGUAUUCAGCAGAGCCUGACUGAUGAGGACCUCCACAGUCAGAACAUUAGGAAAUCUGACUUGUACAUUGGAAGCCUGGUUGCGUUCUCCGGUACCACAGAGGUAUCGAGUUACGUGAAGGACACUUCCUUACCGCAUAGACGAAGGACGAUGAUAAAUAUGCUUACAUUUGGUCGUACCUGCAACAUCAAGCAAAUAGAUCUAGAUCAAGGCCACUUCACAACCUGCUGGCAGCGAACCGACAUGGCAGUAAAGUGGCGCUUGGCAGCGAAUCAGUGUGGCAGUAAAGUGCUUCCUGAUAAUCAAGGGGUUAACGUAGUUCAAUCAAAUAUUGAUCAGAAACGAAAAAGAGCUAUAGGUUCGGGACCGCAUCGCGUCGUUGAACGCAGGACUGUUACAACACCCAUUGUACUUAGAAGCUUCGAAGCCCGAGGAAAAAUUAAUGUCCUGGGAAAAACAAUAAACUAUGAGGAAGUAGGCAAUGGAGGCCAUGUGCUAUUAUGCUUACCAGGAGCACUAGGGACUAUCAAAUCAGAUUUUGGUCCCCAGCUGAAGAGCCUCCCCAGUGAGCAUUUACGGCUAGUGGCUUGGGAUCCUCCUGGCUAUGGCAAAAGCAGGCCUCCAAACAGAGACUUUAACUUCGACUCUUUGCGCACAGAUGCUACCUUGGCUGCUGUUAUGAUGAAGAACCUUGGUUACAAGAAAUAUUCAUUACUUGGAUGGAGUGAUGGGGGUAUUACAGCCAUGUUGCUUGCAGCUGGCUUCACACAGCAUGUUGAAAAAAUGGUUAUAUUUGGAGCAAACGCAUAUAUUACUAAAGAAGAGACAGAAAUAUGCAAAGAUUUACGUGAUAUUGACAACUGGUCUCCAAAAAUGAGGGCACCAUUAGAGGCUAUUUAUGGUAGAGAUUACUUCAAGAGUGCCUGGGAAUCGUGGGUAGAUACAUAUAUAGGAAUCUACCAUGAGCGGGAUGGCGAUCUUUGUAAAAAUGAUCUUGCUAACAUUGUUUGUCCAACCCUUAUUGUACAUGGGAUUCAAGAUCCUGUUGUGCCCAUUGAACACCCAUAUUAUCUGCAUGAAAAUAUCCAAGGCUCUGAAUUGAUCCUAAUGGAAAAGGGAAAACACAAUCUGCAUUUACGGUAUUCAGAAGAAUUCAAUUCCUUGGUGCUCAAGUUUCUUAACAAAUGAGAAAAGUAUUUUUUAAAUUAAGUAAUUUUUCAUCUUAACCCAAUGAGUGUGGAUGGCAAGACUACAAUGCCAUGCCUACUGUAAUAAAAGUUUUAUAUAUUGUCCUUACACAUAGAUGGCUCUACAAGUGCUUAGUCACCAAAGAGUCAGCUAUUAGUCUUCCCUAUCUCAUCUGUUUACCCUUUUUCUUCAUUUUUUGAAAGAUUCAUUUCUAUUAUUUUAUUAUCUUUGAUGUUAUUAAUAUUUUGAUAACAAUUUGAUACUCAUAAUAUCAAUAAUAAUAACAAUGUCAAUAUUAAUAGUACUUGAAAGAAAAACGCAUUUUCCCGCCAAUUCAAGGAAUGGGGAAAUCAGGAUCGGUCACUAGGGCCAACUGAUAGACUUGCUGCUGACCACACUAUGAGCCAUCUGUAAAAUCUCACUAAAAUCUAAAGGGGAUAGUAAAUAAGCCCGCUGACAUUGGGUUAAGAAAUCAAGGUCACAGUCUGUAACAGUGCUCUUCAACAUAUAUUAACCCAUUGCCGCCGGGGAAAAUGAGCAAAAAAUGGGGGAAAUGCAGUACUCAUUUUUUAUAUUUUUGUGAAAUAUCUCUGUCCAUAGAUGGCUCUGCUAGUCCUGAUUUCACCUUUCCUUGAAUUGGCGGGAAAAAACGUAUUUUUACUAGUGCUAUAAAUAUAGAUGGUGUUAUUUUUAACAGCAAAUUAGGAUAACGUUAAAUAUUUUCGUAAAUCGAUGAAAAGGGUGAACGUGCGAGACAGGCAGUACUCAUAAUUGGCUCAUUGGAUACUUAGUACAAGUGUAGCCAUCUAUGUGUAAAAACAAUCAAACAAGUCGACUCACAGUAGGCAU